AGGUGGAAGAGGAAUUACUGAAGCCUAGAAGAGGUGAAGCAGCCCUUAACAUUUCAGCAGAGAACAUGUCUGUCCUGACCACACUGCUGCUCUUCUGUAAUAUAAUGCUCCUCUGCUGUGUUGACUGCACUGUACCUCUGCAGGAUGACACGGCGCCCCUCGAGGUGGAAUUCCAUUCAGUGGACUUCAGAAACGUCCUGCACUGGAAACACCAUCCCAGGGCACCAGAGGACUUGCAGUACUUUGUACAGUAUAAAAUCUAUGGAGAUAAGCAGUGGAGCGUAGCUGAGCUCUGUCAGGCCAUCCGAGAGCUUCAGUGUGACCUGAGCCAGGAGACAUCAGACCCCAGAGAGUGGUACUACGCCAGGGUCCAGUCUGCAUCCUCAGAAGGUCUGUCACCAUGGGUCAUCAGCUCCAGAUUUCACCCGCAAUGGGACACCAUCUUCAGUCCACCAAAAAUUAAGCUGAAUGUGACGGAACAAGGGAUUGUGGUACACAUCAGACCCCCGCGGUCCCCUCUUCAAGGAGAGAGGAAUACCAGAAUCUCAGUCGCAAAACUUCAAAAGCUGAUAUUCAGGCUAUACCUCAUACAUGACGGAGUGGACAAGGAGACCUAUGAAACCAUUGGUUGCUCCAAAAAGGUUGUGAUUCAGGCCUUAAACCCUCAAACGACCUACUGCCUUCAAGCUGUUACCAUCACACCCCGCUCAGGCCGUACAAGCGCGAGGGGUCAAAGUACCUGCGUCACCACUCCGUGAAUAUCAGGGUCCAGUGUCUCCCAGAGUCCCCAGGGUGCUGCAGGAGAGUGGGGGUGAGAUCUUUCAGACUACAUGAAAAAGAUGAAAAACAGACUCUUAGUCGUCAUCAGAUACUCAAGGAUUGGUCCCUUGAGAUUGGCUCACAUUAGGGGCCCAUCACCUUAGGCUAAAAUUAGAGCUGUGAUCUUCCAUGCUUCGGGGCUAAAAUUAGU